UGCGUGAUAAACCCACCGCCCACCUGCUCCUCCCCUUCAGCCUCCUCGCCUGGCUUCCUGAUCCCGUCACCGGCGGCGGCGGCGAAAGCGGUGUCGCCCUCUGGGCCGUUGAUGAGUCCGCGGAGGCGGCGGCGGCGGAGAUGGGCGGAGUCACGUCCUCGAUCGCCGCCAAGUUCGCCUUCUUUCCCCCGAACCCGCCAACCUACGCCGUGAUCGCCGACGAACAGAGCGGGCGGCUCGCCAUCCCUGGGAUCGCGGCGGCGGGGCGCGACGACGUGCACGUCGUCCGCCUCCCAACGCGGCGGGGCAACGAGAUCGUGGCGGUGUACCUGCGUCACCCCCGGGCGACCGCCACGCUGCUCUACUCGCACGGGAACGCCGCCGACAUCGGUCAGAUGUUCGAUCUCUUCGUCGAGCUCAGCGUCCAUCUUCGCGUCAAUCUCAUCGGGUAUGAUUAUUCAGGUUACGGGCAAUCAACGGGAAAGCCUACUGAAUAUAAUACAUAUGCGGACAUAGAGGCAGUAUAUAACUGUCUUAAAGAACAAUACGGAGUAGCAGAUGAGGACCUAAUCUUGUAUGGUCAGUCAGUGGGUAGCGGUCCAACUCUUGAUUUGGCCUCCCGUCUACAGAAGUUAAGAGCUGUUGUUCUACACAGUCCUAUCCUUUCUGGACUUAGGGUACUAUAUCCAGUUAAGCGAACAUAUUGGUUUGACAUUUACAAGAACAUUGACAAAAUUGGCCUUGUCAAUUGUCCGAUAUUAGUUAUUCAUGGUACUUCAGAUGAAGUAGUUGAUUGCUCACAUGGGAAACAGCUUUGGGAGCUAAGCAAACAGAAAUAUGAGCCUCUUUGGCUAAACGGUGGAGGCCACUGUAACCUUGAGCUAUACCCUGAAUACAUCAGACACCUCAAGAAGUUUGUUUCGGCUACUCAAAAGGACAGUGCCGCAAGGAGCAAUCUGAAGGAGACCAAGCCACCGACUAGGGAUGAUGAAAGCGGUCAGUCAGAGAUUAAAGCCGCAGAUGAUGAGCACAGGGCAUGCAGCUGUUCUGAGAUUGCAAGAAAGAGUUUGGACAGUCAACUUAGGAAACCACCAAAGGCGGACCAACCUGAGAAGUCACGAAUGAGCACCGACCUUGGCGAGCGAAAGAGGAGGAAAGGCUUGGUAUGGUGAAGAUGACUUGUUGCCGGUUUCUUCGAAUGAUAGUGUAUCGGGAGCUGAACAGCCUCCAGUCAUGAUCCAGCAUUAAGAGGGGGAAAAAAACAUCUUCUGUUUUUGAUGAAAUGAUAAUACUAUGCACAUGUAUCUAACUGGUGCAUAACUCGGUUAUCUUCUGGUAAUUGUCAAAAGAAGGCAAAACUGAUGCAGAUGCAAAUGCUGACUCCAUAUAACUGAGCUCUCCCUGUGACAUACCAAUCAAUUUGAAGUGCCAAAGCAGCCAAUUGAUUGUAUUGA